ACAACUGCAACCUGCCACUGAACCUGCAAUUAACCUCUACAAUCUACUGCUCCUAAAUACUUAAUCAUGAGUAUGAACUACAUGAGCACCGAGAGGAUUCUGCUGAAAGGGGACUACCUCCUCUCCAACAAUGGACAAUUUAAAGCUAUCUUUCAGACCGAUGGCAACUUUGUGCUCUACGGUUGGGGUCGGGUUGUCUGGGCAUCAAACACUGAGAACAAAGAUGCUCAGAGGCUCAUCCUCCAACAGGAUGGCAACCUGGUCAUCUACACCACACAGGACCAUCCCAUUUGGGCAAGUAACACCGGCCGUUGCAACAAUACAGAAAGAGGUCACCUCACCCUCACUGACGAAGGUACCCUGGAGCUCUACGGAGAACGAGUGGUGAUCUGGACAUCAUAACAUCAUUGCAUCCUCAUACCUGUCUACUGUAACACCGACCGGCCCAACAAUGCACAAAGAGGUCACCUCACCCUCACUGACGAAGCUGCCCUGAUGCUCUACAGUCCCAGAAAUGUGGUCUGGUGCUCUCAUGAAGACACUAGUAAUGAGGCAGAGUAACAUCUUCACUUUAUCAUACCUGUCUAUACCACUAAAAUGUCUAUUCAAAAGCCUAGAGGCUUUUUCAAAUCAAAAUCAAAUGUUAUUAGUCACAUGCGCCGAAAACAACAGGUGUAGUUACGAGCCCCUAACCAACAAUGCAGUUUAAAAAAAUACGGAUAAGAAUAAGAAAUAAAAGUAACAAGUAAUUAAAGAGCAGCAGUAAAAUACCAAUAGCGAGACUAUAUACAGGGGGGUGCCGGUACAGAGUCAGUGUGCGGGGGAACCGGUUAGUUGAGGUAAUAUGUACAUGUAGGUAGAGUUAUUAAAGUGACUAUGCAUAGAUGAUAACAGAGAGUAGCAGCGGUGUAAAAGGGGGGGAGCAAUGCAAAUAGUCUGGGUAGCCAUUUGAUUAGGUGUUCAGGAGUCUUAUGGCUUGGGGGUAGGAGCUGUUUAGAAGCCUCUUGGACCUAGACUUGCCCUGCGGUACCAGAGAGAACAGUCUAUGACUAGGGUUGCUGGAGUCUUUGACAAUUAUUAGGGCCUUCCUCUGACACCGCCUGAUAUAGAGGUCCUGGAUGGCAGGACCUCCUCCAAAAUCCCCACGAGUUUGAUGUUCAGCCUACAACUCCUGCCCUCUAAAUUGAGAAUUGUAACCCUUUGAUUUGGUCAAAUAAAGAAUAUAUUGACUUUUAAAGUAGUGGUUUGUGUUAUAAUUCUGUGCAUUGUGACUGUGCUGAUUCCCAAUAUUUUCUGUAGACAAUAAACAUCACUACUAAC